UUUCAUAGCAGGUGACUUUCAGAGAUAUUUUCCGUCGUCAAUUUCAUCGCCGUCCCGAUUUCAUUUGGGCUUUAGAACUUCUCUCUCAGUUGGGUUUCUCUCUGAGCAGAGCUUUCUCCGGAAGAUUUCAACGUUUUCUGUCCAGUUUUGGGAAUUUCUUCUGCUGUAAUUUCAUCAGAUUUCGGAGUGCUUUUAUUCUGAAGGUUUCUCUUUUUGGAUCUACUGGUCUGAAUCUCAAUUAAUCCUAGUUUUUCUUCUCUUUGAACCAAUUUCAAAGCUAGCAAUCAUUUUCACAAGGUGAAAGUUCACAGUGCUUCAAAGGAUUCUCUGGUGAUUACGAGUUUGCUGCGCAUCUCUUAAUGGAUACGGUAAUGGAUCUGAACAAAGCGAUUCAAGAGAUGUCAAUUGCAGAUGAUAAACCUCUGGUUCUUCCAAAUCAAGCUAAGUUUUGUUCUACGGAGAAGAAUCACUGCAGUAUCAUGGGAAGAUUUCUGAAUCCUAGUAAUCAAAGGAUGUCUAAUUGGAUCUUAGACAUGCCCAGAAUUUGGAGAUUAAAUAACAGGGUUCGUGGAGUGGCUUUAUCUCAAGAAAUAUUUCAAUUUAUUUUCAAAUCAGAAGAUGACUUAGUUGAAAUCUUAAAGACAGGAGUUUGGACUCAAGAUGACUGGUGCGUGGUAAUGGAAAAAUGGAUUGAAAAGCCUCCGGUGGACUACUUGAUGUUUCUUCCAACUUGGAUCCGUCUUCGUAAUAUUCCAGUCAAUUAUUACAUGGAGGAAACAAUUAAGGAGAUUGCAAAAUGUGCUGGAGAGGUGUUACAGGUUCUCUUUGAUUCUGAAAAAUCUCAAGCUCAAGAUUAUGUUCGAGUGAAUGUUUUACUUGAUGUUCGCAAUCCCCUGAGAAACUCAAAAGAACUGCAGCUUCCUGAUGGGGAGAUAGUUCUCAUAAGUUUUGAUUAUGAAAGGAUACGAAAAAGCUGCUUCCAAUGUCAAAGAUUAAUUCAUGAGAAGAAUAUGUGUCCGUUUCACAAAAUAGAAGAGAAAAAUCAUUCUUCUUCCUUACCAACCAUCACUGAAAAGAACAAAGGUUUAUUGCUUCCUACUAGUGAGCAACCUCAACCAUCCCAAGCUUUACCUAAAUUGCUAGCUGAUGCCAUGAAAGAAGCAACUCCUUCAAAGCAGUUAGUCUCACAAGGAAAUAAAGAUCUUGCGAUAUUUCCAGGUUUCUCUGCAUCUGAUUUUUAUAAAGACUUCAAUGAAGGUUUUUCUGAAGCAGGCUCCUCCGGUUUGAGUAUGAGACAAAAAAAUCUGAGAAAGAGGAAACCUUCUGUUCAAAACUCCAUGACUGAUUUAGCAGAAGAAGCACAUGUUAGUAACUCUACUCAUCACAUUCAGUUUGAUAAAGUUUUCAAGAGGAAAUCUCAGAUUUCAGAAAGUCAAGCUUCAAAAUGCUUAAAGACAGAUCAAACUACAGUGGUUCCUGAUGAACCACCGAUGUAUCAGUAGGGCAUCUUAAGCUG